AUGUCUAACGAAGGGACGUCUUCCGAUAAAGAAGUUUUGCCGGACCGGAAUGGAGCAGAAGAAACUAACGAGGACUUAGUGGUCAAUGAUUCCGAAAACGCUAGGGAGACUUCAGCGAAUGGAACUGGCCUGUCGAAAAGUGCGUUGAAGAAGUUGAAAAAUCGGGAGAAAUGGCUUGAACAUCGUAAACGCAAACGUUUGGAAGAAAAACAGCGCAGAAAAGAAAAACGAGUGGCAUUGAAAGAGGCGGGUCUCGGUGAAGCUCUUAAGCGAUUUCGAGGCAAGUCUAUGGAGCAGUCAGCUUGCAAGAUUCGUGUAGCGAUCGAUAUGUCUUUUGACAAUUUUAUGUCAGAAAAGGAUUGUCGUCGUGCAGUACAACAAUUAAACUGGAGUUAUUCAGCAAACAGGCGGCUGCCAGAGCCCCUUCAAUUCUACAUAACGUCUUUUGAGGGGACUAGUAGGAAAGUCAGUUCAUCAUUUUGUCGUCCUCCUAAUUGUGUAUUGAACCAUGGCACGUCAUUCAAAGAAAAACCUGCUUGCGUUGUGCAACAGUCGGUUCAAUGCAUGAACAUAUUUUCUAUUUACCAAGGUUCAGAGGUUAAGCUAACUCUAACAGUCCCCAAAUCCAGCAUUAUGAUAUCAUCCAUUGCCUGGAAGGCAUGGAGGGUGUGA